GAAGUGUCAGACGCGGAAGUAAAGCCAAAUAUAAAGGCACGAGCUUAAAGUUACUGGCUGUAGCAUGUACAAGAGGCUUUUGCGAUAGAUGCACGUAUUGUAGACAGCCAUUUGUAAUUCCAUACAUUUGAUCUCACAAAUUAGUUGUGAAAGCCGUGUGCAAAUAUCAUGUCGUCAACUGGAGAGACUUUACUACGGGCGGUGGAGACUCCGCUCUUCUGGAUAGGCGCGUUGACUGCGGCCUAUUUCUCAGUGUGCUCCGUAUGUCGUUUGCUGUCAGGGCUCAGAGUUUGGGUGCUGGGGAAUGGACGGGUGGUAUCACCUGCUAAACUCGGAAAAUGGGCAGUUGUGACAGGAGCCACGGAUGGAAUCGGGAAAGCCUAUGCGGAGGAGCUGGCUCGGAGGGGAUUUUCCAUUGUGCUAAUCAGCCGCACCCAGGAGAAACUGGAUGAUGUGUCCAAGUCCAUCGAGAGCAAAUAUGGAGUUGAGACCAAAUCCAUCGCUGCAGACUUCAGUACGACGGACAUAUAUCCCAAGAUUGAAGCUGGACUGACCGGGCUAGAGGUUGGCGUUCUGGUAAAUAAUGUGGGAAUGUCCUACUCCUAUCCGGAAUUCUUCCUCAACGUUCCCAACCUGGAUAGUUUCAUCGACACAAUGGUGAACAUCAACAUCACGUCUGUUUGCCAGAUGACCCGUAUGGUGCUACCUGGGAUGGUAGAGAGGAAAAAGGGGGCCAUCCUCAACAUCUCUUCUGCCAGUGGGAUGUACCCUUGUCCCCUCCUCACGGUCUACUCUGCCUCGAAGGCUUUUGUGGACUUCUUCUCCCGAGGACUAGAGGCUGAGUACAAGAGCAAAGGGAUCCUCAUCCAGAGUGUCCUGCCAUUCUUUGUGGCCACCAAGCUGAGUAAGAUCCGGCGAGCCACUCUGGACAAGCCCAACCCUGACCGCUAUGUGGCUGCGGAGCUCAACACAGUGGGGCUGCAGAGCCAGACCAACGGCUACCUGCCUCACGCAGUCAUGGGCUGGCUGACCACCGUGCUGUGCCCUGCCAGGCUCCUGAACAGCUACAUCAUGGGGCUACACCUGGGGAUGCGCUCACGCUACCUGAAGAAACAGAAACAGGGCUAGAGGUACGAUCAGGGGAAAGGAGGGGCAGGUGUGGAGAGAAAGGGGACCAACACAAAUCCACCUGCUUCGUUCUUCCAUACCCCUCACAGACCAGGCACAGGGCUGGCAGACUGCUAGUGUGUUGAAUUUAGUCUACGGUGUUGUCUGGCUUGGCUAAUCGGCUCUAUGGAGGAACUUCCUGGAGUUGAAACAUUGACCAGGCACUUAAACAUAAUGCACUAAGUUCAAUUAAACUGUUGAAAAAAAUGUUCUUGUGGACAGGUAUUAGGAGCUGCGCUUGUGAGCGACCACUUCAAAAAACAAUACUAGUUGCAACUUUAUUCCUUCAAAAUGUUUUAUUGUUGGAGUCGUGUUGAACUCAGAAAAAAAACAAAUAUUGAAAGAAAUGGAUUUGAGUCCAUCUGAAACGCUCAUUUGGCAAAGGGCAGGAAAAUGGCUGUUCUCCUGGAUUGCUUUACAAUGAUAAUGUUGUUGUGUACUAAUCAUGUAUUCAUGAACCUACAAAAAGGGAGACUAAGGAGACCGAGUUAACAGAACUCUUCCUGUUUUCAUACUGGAUGGAUUGAUGUCCCGUUUUGAAGAAGGUUGUGUCUGCUAGCAUGUCAGUAUGGUAGGUAGUUAACACACAAGGGAAUGGGUUGAGUUAAUCCGGGCUUGUUUGACCUGAUACAGAAGGGACACAACUUACAAGCCAUUCUCUGGUCAUCAAGGCAGUGUCUCUACAACAACAAGUAGAUACAAGCCAUUCUCUGGUCAUCAAGGCAGUGUCUCAACAACAACAAGUAGAUACAAGCCAUUCUCUGGUCAUCAAGGCAGUGUCUCAACAACAACAACAAGUAGAUACAAGCCAUUCUCUGGUCAUCAAGGCAGUGUCUCUACAACAACAAGUAGAUACAAGCCAUUCUCUGGUCAUCAAGGCAGUGUCUCAACAACAACAAGGAUACAAAUACAAGCCAUUCUCUGGUCAUCAAGGCAGUGUCUCAACAACAACAAGUAGAUACAAGCCAUUCUCUGGUCAUCAAGGCAGUGUCUCAACAACAACAACAAGUAGAUACAAGCCAUUCUCUGGUCAUCAAGGCAGUGUCUCUACAACUACAACAACUAGAUACAAGCUGUUAAACAGUUCAGGCCAUUUUACUGUUGAACCAAAUGUCUUGUCCAACUGUUCUGGGUACUUUCUAUCACGCAGUCAGUGGUCCGUUAACAGAUGUUUCUUAACAUGCUUCACACGCUGUCUGUUUUUUGAACUCUAAGCAUUUCGUUGUACAUCAUAAUGCCACUGUUAUCUUACUCUGAACUCACCAAGGUGACGCAUUAAUAUUGUCUUCUGUUAUUUGCUUGUUAAUGAAAGCUUUGCAUUUGAUUGUUUUUAGAUGCAUUUAAGUAACAAGGUCUUUAACAUUGUGAGAAUUGUAAGGUUUGAUCGAGAGCUUGUGUAUAUUCCCAGUCUGUCAUGCUCGCCUCAAUAAAAGACUGUUCAACCAUC